AAACCAGAAGUUGCGGGAUCUCCGGGGAGCGGAGCUUCAGUUGCGAUACCGGGUGGACUUCGAUGAGCUGUGGCUUUCUGUGACCGGUGGAGACUGACAAUUGACCUCAGAAUUGACCUCUUGAACCUCAUGAACGCGUCUGGGAAGUCUGGGACUCUGGGUGUUUCUCCCAACGUGGGCGAAUUCCCAUUCCCACGAACGUCGUGUUUCCUAACGCCAAUGAUCAUCCAGGGAGCAACCACCAGAAGGUUGCGGCAAGCUAGUGGUGCGCAAUUCCUCCUGCAGCUCACCGCCAGAUAUUUGGAGCAGCUCAGCACUCCCCCUUUCAUAUGCUGCAGCUGUAGGCGACGCGCAAUAGCCGUCAAAACCUUUGCACCUCAGACGAGAGUCAAGAGGCCCCCCGCAGAGUAUGCUUAUCGACGACCUACCUCCUCAACUGCUUCCACCUUACGCUUUCAGGUUCCUAAGCGUCAGUCAACCAACUCGGUCGCGCUUGAAGGUGCUGCAGUGGGACUGCCGCCCUCUGAGGAUGUCUUUUCCGAACAGCUAGGGGACACUGGAGAUGCACUCCCACUUUCAAAUUCUGAAGCGGGCAGUCCGGACGAGGUUGCGCUAGAAAAGACAGAACUAGGGCAGCCGAAGCCGAAAGACCCAGCUGGCGCGAAGAGUUUUGAGCAAUCGGAAAGUGUAGCGGACAAGGCGCGGGAGACUGGGGACGCCCCUAAAUAUGCGAGAUACCCUCGAAGACCACACAGAAUCUCAGAGAUUCUGGAAGGCUCCGGUCGUGCGGAAGAACGUACCAGUCGCAGCAACAAAACUGAAUCGAUGGGAGAUCUUACGACUGGAGGUUCUGAAGAAGGCGAUGUAGAUCGGAGACAAUUCAGGAUAUCAGAGUUUUCGGAACACUCAGCGCGUGUCCAAGAACGGGACGAGCACAAAGUAACCCUGGACGAAUUUUAUCGUGUCGUUCUCAAAAAGGAAAUCCGCAAGAUCUGGUUAUCGUAUCUCUCUCUGCGGCGGUCGGGCGCGUACUUGAACCUGGACAGCAAGAAUUUCCUUGCGGUGGUUGAAGCGUUGCGAUCGCCGAAAUCGCUCGACCAUGUUGCCGAUGACGUUCGAAAAGAUGCAGCCGACGCGCUGUGGACGGACUACAUGCGUUUACCCAAUCAACACGCACACGCGGACGUCUUGCGCGAAUUCGUUCACUUGUAUGCCGAUAUAGGAGACCUGGCAGGCGUCAACGAGGUUGCCAAUGUGAUGCACCGGGAUUCUAUCGUAGAACCACCUGGCUCCAAAGUCACAUACAGGCUUAUUGAGACGUACGCGCGAAACGGCGAAUUCAGGGCCGCAUAUAGAUCUUUCGAAGAAGCCACCGGGACGAAGUACUCUGUGCAUUGCACAGAAGCGGCUAAUGCCUUCCUCAAGGGAUGCGCCAUGGGCGGUCGGGAAGCCGAACUCUUGCAGAUGUUCGGGUGGAUGAUGAGAAAAGGAAUUCCGCAUGACUUUCACACGUACCACCAUUUGAUCGCGUACUACGCCUUGAAGAAAGAUUUAGUCAACGCCGAAGCAGCUUUUGAGGGAGCGGAGCUGCUGGCAUCCGCGCCAAAGUCGCCACCCAUCCCUAUGGCGACGUGGGCGCUCGUCUUGCAUCUUUAUAUGGGAUGCAACGAGCACACGAAGGCGCAGAACUUCAUCCGAAAGAUGGAAGAAUGGCAUGGCAAGUUGAGCGAGAGCGCAGCCGCGGACGCGUCAGAACUGGCAAGGUUGACGAAGGAUCCUGUUUUGGCGUGGAAGGCAACAAAUUACAGAACCAAAUCGUUUCGGAAAAGCAAGACCGAAGUUUUACGACGGAAGUUGGCAGUUAACGUCGCUCUGACCUUCGGAGAUCUGUCGGACGUGGUACCCACCAAUAUCAAUUCCGUCCUCGCAAAGUUAGAUCAACUGAAAGCCACACUCGAGUCCGCAUCCGUGCCGUUCAACCCCAUCACGCUCCGCCGUCUCCUGACCGGAUACUAUCUGCUGCAUAAUGACUCCGCAGCGGAGGUCGUGCUACAGUGGUACAAACUGUCAAAGUUCACCAUUCCUCCCGCAGUCAAGGAUAUGGUCGUCCAGGCGUAUUUAUUUAAGGAUACAGCCAGCGCUGAACGCGUCCGGAGGAGCUACUAGCUACCGGAUUUUGGUGAUUCCACGAGUACGCAUGAGCGGAAAGCCUGGAACCAUGCCUUAUAUUAUCUGUACAUAUGCGGAUCCCCUCCCUUAAUACUUCGUCCUAGAGCAUUUGCCACUGCCGUAGACUGUGGCGCGACCUUACAAUACAAUGUGGCGACGCUAUAGUACAAUAGAUGUUGUGCUAGCCGCCCAUGUGCAGCCUAGACUCUGGGUCGGACUCGAGAUAAUUUUCCCCAAGACACUCUUGAGUAUCGACAUCCUGUUGGGCUUGGCCACGAAUCUCUGUCACUCACUUUCUCGACUAUGGAACUUAGAUGAGCUAUCAAACCGAACGAUUCUCCCGCGUCCUUGCCAAUGCCAGCAUCAAUGCAUCCCUCCGUC